AUGCUCUUCCGCGCUGUGUUUCUGUCCCUGAUCGCUUCAGCGACGGUUUCCGCGACAUCAUGCGUUGGCGACUACCAGCAGUGUGAUGGUCUUCUUUGGUGGUCACAGGCAAGUUGUUGUAAUCGAAACUCUAAAUGUGUGAGUUACGGUUUUACCGACUGGUGGUAUGCGGAAUGUGUCCCCAUGGGUGAUUCUCAAACUACGACUACCUCUACCUCUAAGAUCACUAGUACGUCUAGCACAUCGAAAACUACAAGCUCAACCACCUCGAGUACGUCAAGUUCGACCACCUCUAAAACGACAUCUACGACCUCAAGCAAGUCUACCACUAAAUCUACGACAUGUACUACUACCUCAACAACACCUACUACGCCUACUACAAGCUCGACCACGACGUCGAGUACGUCGAGUACGUCAAGUACGUCGAGCACGUCGAGUGAAUUGAGCACGCCAAGUACUUCAAGCACGUCGAGCACGUCAAGUUCUUCAAGUACGUCAAGUACAUCAAGCUCUUCAAGCACGUCGAGUACAUCAAGCUCUUCAAGUACGUCGAGUGAAUUGAGCAUGCCAAGCUCUUCAAGCACGUCGAGUACAUCAAGCUCUUCAAGUACGUCGAGUACAUUGAGUACUUCAAGUACAUCAAGCACGUCAAGUUCUUCAAAUACAUCGAGUACUCUGAGUAUAUCGAGUACAUUGCCUAGUACUUCGACUAGCUCAAGCGCUCUGAGAUCCUCCACAACUUUAAGUACGGAUAGCACAAGCUUUUCGACACCAAUUGUGCCUCCAACGAGCUCAAACACUCCAAGUCCUGUGAGAUCCAGUACACUCAGUCAAGCAACUGAGACAACCCCAUCCAGUCAGUCGAGUUCCACAACCCAAAGCACUCCGACAGCACAAUCAACAAGCUUCUCUGUCACCAGUAUCUCCACAAGCUCAGGCACUCCAAUUACAACGAUUCCAACUAUUUCGAGCUCAAACAGUGCACCUAGUACACAACUCAGCUCGGAGAACACAGGAUCUACGAGCUUUGGUUCAACUUCAGGGGCAAGCAGUUCAAGCUGGCAGCAAACAUCACCGAGCCCAAUCUUCCCCAGCAGUUCACAACCAUGCGAUACCACUGAUCAGUCCCAGACCGAACCACAUCACCCUACUAGCCCAUCCUGGUCCACUGUGAGUACUUCUGGAGCUUCUUCUGGUGUUUCAUCUGGAAAGUCGUCUUACACUCCAACUAGUGGAUCGUGGUCCACUGUGAGUACUUCUGGUUCUUCUUCUGGUGCUUCCUCUGCCUCUGGAGCUUCUUCUGGUGUUUCAUCUGGAAAAUCGUCUUACACUCCANCGUUUUCUACCACACCAACUGGUACCGAAUCGUCUAGCGUUUCUCCAACUGGUACUGAGACGUCCUCUACCACACCAACUGGUACUGAGUCGUCUGGCACUCAAUCUACUCCAACUGGUACUGAGACGUCUAGCGUUUCUCCAGCUAGUACCGAGACGUCCUCUACAACCCCAACUGGUACUGAGUCGUCCUCUACCACCCCAACUGGUACUGAGUCGUCCUCUUCCACACCAACUGGUUCUGAGUCGUCCUCUUCCACACCAACUGGUUCUGAGUCGUUUUCUAACACACCAACUGGUACCGAAUCGUCUAGCGUUUCUCCAACUGGUACCGAGACGUCCUCUACCACACCAACUGGUUCUGAGACGUCUGGCACUCAACCUACUCCAACUGGUACUGAGACGUCCUCUACAAUCCCAACUGGUUCUGAGUCGUCUGGCACUCAAGCUACACCAUCUGGUACUGAGUCGUCUGGUGGCCAGGUCAGCUCUACGGCUACCGCGUCGACACCUACUAAUUCCCCGGCAGUCGGUACUGCCUCAUCCGGUGCUUAUAAUGGUUCCGGUUCGUCUUCAGCUCAGGCUUCUUCGUCUGCGGCUAAUGGCAGCGAGCCCACCUACUCUGCUGGCCAUUCAACACUGUCCACGGCUUCAGUUUCAAGUGCUCCUACGAGUGCUCCAAGUUCGGUUGCUAUCCUCGAAGGAGCAGCUAGUGGAUAUGUGGCUCCAUCGUUAUCCGUCUUUGGAACGAUGGUAUUCAUUAUUUUAUACGCUAUCUAA